UGCAGCUCAAAACCGCCGCCAGCCACAGCACCAUGUACCCUGGUAACAGGCGGAAAAAGGUCUGGAGGGAAUUGAAAGAAAGUUUGUUGAAGAUGACACUGGAGGAGAGACGUAAAGAAUACUUAUGGGAUUAUGUUCCUUUGAAAGAUAUCCCAACGUGGAUGGAAGAAAUGAAAAGCAAGACUCAAAGUGAUGAAGAAAACACCCAGGAAGCUUUGCUGGAGAAGAAAACUCUGAGUGAGAAAGUCUCCCUCUACAGAGGUGACAUCACAGUGCUUGAGAUUGAUGCCAUAGUUAAUGCCACUAAUUCAAAUCUUGGAGGUGGCGGUGUUGAUGGCUGUAUUCAUAGAGCAGCUGGUUCCUGUCUAGUUGCUGAAUGUUGCAACCUGAGCGGCUGUGAAACUGGACAAGCAAAAAUUACUUGUGGUUAUGCCCUGCCCACAAAAUGUUGA